GCGAGGCGGCGGCGGAGACGACGACACAGGCACCAGCACCCGCACCCCCACCUCCGGGCGUCCCGCACCGCCUCCGGCCCGCGCCGCAGCCCCCGGGCCCGCCCCGCGGAGGAACCGCACCGCCGGGGAUAAGGCGAGGGAGGGGACGGGACGGGGCAGAGAUCCGCACGCACCGCCGGGGCUCCACCGGCAGCACCCACGGUCCCCGGCAGCCGCCACCAGCCGCCGGCCCUGGAGCCGAGGACGAAGUCUGUUUGGAGCCAAAUCUUGUCUAUGCGUGUGUCAUUUUGUCUCUUUUAAUACACUGCCCUGACUUGCUUGCUGCGAAGGGAGUAUGCAUCUGGAGAUCAAAGUUGCUCUUAACUUCAUCAUCUCAUACCUGUACAACAAGCUUCCUCGGAGGCGGGCAGACCUGUUUGGUGAGGAGCUGGAGCGCCUGCUGAAGAAGAAAUAUGAGGGUCACUGGUACCCGGAGAAGCCUCUGAAGGGAUCUGGCUAUCGCUGUGUUCAUAUAGGGGAGACAGUGGAUCCAGUGGUGGAGCUGGCAGCCAAGCGGAGCGGGCUGGCCGUGGAGGAUGUGCGCGCCAAUGUGCCGGAAGAGCUGAGUGUCUGGAUCGAUCCUUUUGAGGUUUCCUACCAGAUCGGCGAGAAGGGCUCUGUUAAGGUCCUCUACCUGGAUGACAGCGAGGGCUGCAGCGCUGCGGAGCUGGACAAAGAAAUCAAGAGCAGCUUCAACCCCGAUGCCCAGGUAUUUGUCCCCAUCGGCAGCCAGGACAACUCGCUGUCCAACUCUCCGUCCCCCUCCUUCGGCCAGUCGCCUAGCCCCACCUUCAUCCCUCGCUCUGCCCAGCCCAUCACUUUCACCACUGCCACCUUUGCUGCCACAAAGUUCGGCUCUACCAAGAUGAAGAAGGGCGGAGGAGCUGGAGGAGGGGGCGGCGGAGCAGGGGCUGGGCAGCAGCCGAGGAUGGUCAGGUCUCCCACCACCAACCUGCUGAAGCACAAGGGCCUCUCCCUGUCUAUGCACUCUCUGAACUUCGUCGGGAGCGCUGGGAGCCAAGCCCCGCAGUCGCAGCUCUCCCCCAACGCCAAGGAGUUCGUUUACAGCGGCGGGUCGCCGGGAGCCAGCAGUCUCUUCUUUGAUGGUGUUGCCAGUGAGAGCCAGGCCAGCAGCGUCCCGCCGGCAUCGCAGUUCAACACCGGCACGGGUGGUACCUUUGAUAUGGCUCAGGUCUUUGGUGGCAGCACCAACAGCCUCUUCUUGGAGAAGUCUCCCUUCGUGGAAGGACUCAGCUACAACCUGAAUGCCAUGCAGUAUCCCAGCCAGUCGUUCCAGCCUGUCGUCCUGGCCAACUGAACACAAGGAAGGAGAGUAUUUU